UAUAUAUAUAUAUGUAUUCAAGUAAAUAUAGAACGAUGUGAUCAUUAAAGUUCUGAUUAGGAUUAUUCUGAGAUAAACGGGUCAAAGAUCAUCCAAGGGAUCAAGAUUGGACCUUAAAAGAUCCAGGAAAGUGCAAGGAGAUAAGAAAGAUUUUGAUUUGGAAAAAAUACUCAUGUACCCGGUCGGGUAUUGCCUAUACCCGAUCGGGUAUUCACUUGAUUCGAUUGUCCAAAUCAAAUCUGGGAACAAAUGAUCGUGGGAGAAAAUUUUCGUGAAGAUUUGUCACAUACCCGAUCGGGUAUGCCGACAUACCCGAUCGGGUAUGCCCAAAAAAGUGACUUUCUGGGCAAUUUCCUAAGAUACCCGAUCGGGUAUCCUAUAUACCUGAUUGGGUAUCAGACCCUGCAGCUCCCAAAAGCCUAUAAAUACACCCCUUUCCUUCCCAAUAAAAUCACCAAUUCCUAUAUACUUCUAAGCUCAGUUUAGACAAGUUAUUUCUUUAUAUUUUCUUCAUGUUUAGUCUCCAAAUGAGGAGCUAAACUCUUCCAUCUUGGUUUUGCUACUUUGAAGCUUAAUGAAUUGUAAGUUGUGAGUUAUUUUCUUUAAUCUUCUUCCUUGAAUAUUAAUUAAUUCCUAUUCCUAUUACAUAUUAAUAUUUUGAGCAUUACUUAAAGGAUCAACUAGUUUUGUUUCAUAUAUUAAUUAAUACUAGAAUCGGUCGAUUAAUACGCUUGUUAUUAAUUCGGUCCUUUCACGGUAGUAAACUUGGAUUAUUAAUGCAUGCGUCUCAUGGUUAAUAAUCUAAAGGGAAUUAGUUAUAUUGAUUAAACCGAUAAACCGCUUGUGUUGAGGUUAUCAAUCUCAAUCGUUUUCAUCUCUAUUUUAUUGCUACUAUCGAGUGAAUAUACGGCGCGUGUUCUAUAUUAACUCGGUAGUAAGUUUUAUUAAUGAACGCGUCUCGUUAUUAAUAACUACCCUCGAUGAAUUGGAUAUACUCCUCGAUUGAGUAUCGAGAGGAAGAUAGUUAAAGAUAUAACUGGGAUCGACGAACAUUUCAUUAAGUGGAUAAAAGAAAAGCCAAGCCUUCUUCUCAUUAAUUAAACCACAUAAGUCGUUCAUCUUUGUGUUUAAAUACAAUUUAAAUUCAUCAACCAAACAUACCCUCCCCCCCCCCCCCCCCUUGUUACUUAUUUAUUUCUAUAAAAAGAGAAGUGUUCCUUUCCCUGUGGAUACGAACCUUACUUCAAUAUACUACUUAUAUUUGUCGUAUUGAAUAUUUAUUUUGAGCGCACACCACGACAAAGUGCAUGUCAUUAAUUUUUAAUUUAUUCAUAUAACCAUUGAUAAAUUUUGAAUGUGAGUUAUUUUUAAUACCUUCUUUUUGUCGAUACACAUUGAGUGGAUUGACCAAUCGUUAAUCGGACUUACCCUCCCGAGUCCGGUAUUGAUUGCUUGUCUGAGUUGCCUCAAUAUCUGGUUUGAACAACAGCGUAUUUGGGUGUUUCCAAUUCGAAGCUUGAACGCUCUUCCCCAAAAUUUAGCCACACACACCAAUGUGAUAUGCUUUUUUCUUCAAUUAAUGGAAUGAUAAACGGUCUAAUUUUAGAUUUGAUUAUUCUCUUUUGCUUUAUAGAAUAUGGAGUAAUAAUCUUAUUUCUAUUAAGUACUCCGUAAUAAGUAGAGACCACAAAUUGUGGCAUGGAGUUUCCGUCCCAAUUCAACACAACACAAUCACACUUUAGUUUAUCAUAGAUAUAUGGGAGAAGGGCCAAAAGGCUCAAAAACGACAUUAAGGUUAUUAACGAAGUUCGGAUAAGACAUUAAACUUUUAAGUAGACCAAAUAAACACAAGAUCAACUUAUUUGGACUAUAUUUGGCCACCCACUUAUAACUCCGCUAAACCCACGGUUAACUGCUUACGCCUCUGUACAUAAUUAUUCACCGGCUUAGACAACUCCACUCCCGCAUCUCUGUUUCACUUUCCAUCGCCAUUAAGUUUUGUCUCUAAACCUUUUCAAUCCCUCCAUCUUCAUUCUUCAAUUGACAGCUCGACUCUGAACCCAUUAAGCCCUCCAACAAGUCCCAGCCUCACCUUCUCCUUUCACUCUCGUUGCACCCUUCUCCGCCCACAGGUCACAGAUGCUUUCAUGGAAUAAUCUUCUAUCGGAGCCCAAGACAGAAAGUGUGUUGGCAUUUCAUUCUUCUAUUAUGCUGUUUUCAGUCCAGGCAUGUCGUUAUUUUCCUCCAAAAUAAAUGAAAAUCAAAGCUUAAUUUGACCAUCAGUUCACAUAUAUCUUUGUUUCAAAAUAGUGGGCAGAGAAAAAUUACCAGAAGGAUGAAGUUCUCAAUCUAGGCCAACCAAGUGGAAUUAAUUCACAAAGGAGAAAGAAUCUGAGCAAUCAAUUUCUCCUCUGCUACUGUUUUCAUUGCUCUAUCCAAUUGCAGGUGCAAGUUGUGAUUCUUGUAGAGUUCUAGGUCUGCCGGCCAGAGUCGGGUUUUGGGCGAAGAGAAGGUAUAUGUGUGGGAUUUGGGUUUUCAAAAGUUGGUUGCUAUUGAGUUCUAGCGUCUACCGGAGAAGAAAUGAGAGAUGAGUCUAAUUUGGGUUUUGGACGAAGAUAAUUGAGGGCAACAUCCGUUAAUUUAAGUUUGACGGAAUAAGUGUCCUAAUAUGACGUAAAAACGUAUAACUUGUGUUUAUUUGGUCUACUUAAAAGGUUAAUGUUUAAUCCGAACUUCGUAAAUAACCUUAGUGUCAUUUUUGAGCCUUCUCCCUAGAUAUAUCAAGGGAGAAUUCUUCAAAUGGGACCAAAUGGAACUUUAAUUGCCAAAAUAGGACCAUAAUUUAAAAAUUCCCUAAAUAGGACUAACUUUCCAAAUAUACCCUUUCUUUCUUUUAAUACAAUUCAUAUUUCAUUAAUAAUUAGAAUAUAAAAGUAAUAACAUAAUUUUAUUUAUAAUAAAAAUGUAAAAAGAAUAAAAAACAUGAAAUAAAUAUUAAAUAGAAUUAAUAAAAAUAAUAACAAAAAUUGAAAAAUAAAAAAUUAUAAACAAAAACUUAAAAAAAUAAAAUAAAAUAAAUAAAUAAUGAAAAAAUAUUAAAAAAUAUGUAGGUUUAUGCUUCCACCUCAGCAAUCUCCCAGCACCUCUAGCUCCGAUCACCGGAAAAAAAUGCCCAAAAUUGUCUGAAAUGCUAUCUUGAUGGCAGUUUCGAGAAAAUUUUGACACUUUCAAAGAGAAAAAAUGGCAGUUUUUCACAAAAUGGAAUUUUUUUAGCCGAACAAAUGUAACUUGGGUGGGCAGUAGCUCAGACUGUGGGAGAGGCCCCAUAGUCUUAAAGUGAGGAUGCCGGCGCAAAGAAAUUUGUUGUUGGUCGAUUCCUUGAUUUUAAAAUGGUGGAUUCGAAGACGGUCUUGAGUCAAGUUGAGGAGAUGCAAAUGAUCUUCAACGAAAUUCGAGAUGAAGGAAUGACGGUUAGCGAGUCUUUCCAAGUGGCGUCAAUUAUACAUUUGUUGCCGCCGGCUUGGAAGGAUUUCAAAAACUACCUUAAGCAUAAGCGAAAAGAAAUGAACUUGGAGCAAUUGAUCCUCUGUCUGCGGAUUGAAGAGGAUAACCGGAAGAACGAUGGGAAACUCCCAAUCAUUAACGGCGCCAAGGCAACGUGGUGGAGCAUGCAAAGGACUCCAAAAAAUAAAAUUAAUGGGAAGAGCAAGCUCGGUCCCAAGGGAGGCGUUUCCAAGACGAAGUUUAAUGGAAAAUGCUUCAAUUGCAAUGAAAACGGACACAAGUCUGCGGAUUGCAAGGCACCCAAGAAGAAGGACUCUCACGUCAACUUGGUGCAAGGUGGGCAAAAGGAUGACGACAUAAUCCUUGCGGCUGUGGUGACCGAGGUCAACCUCGUUGGAUCCAACUCCAAGGAAUGGUUUGUGGACACCGGUGCUACCCGACACAUUUGCUCCAACCGGGAGCUAUUCACGACCUUUGAGCCGUCAAAUGGUGAGAAGGUGUGGAUGGGAAAUUCUGCUCAUUCCGCGGUGGAAGGCGUGGGAAGGUGGUCCUGAAGAUGACUUCGGGCAAAGAGCUGACUCUUAACCAAGUGUUGUUCGUUCCGGAAAUACGCAAAAACCUGAUUUCCGGUUCAUUGUUGAACAAACAUGGUUUUUUAGUCGGACAAACUAGUUUUGACUAUGUCGGGAAUGUAUGUGGGCAAUGUGACGGGCUGUUUAAGCUCAAUGUAACGACUAUUAUUACUAAUAAUAAUAAAAUCCCUUCUGCUUA